GGAGAUUUUAGGAAAUCGCCCGACGCCUGCGGCCCGAAGCGGGUUUUCUCCGGACGAAGGAGGGAGGGAGGGAGGGGGAGAGGAAGGAAGGAAAGGGCGGCCCCACGCACGACGUCGUUGUCACCGCUGCCUCGCAAAGAAGCAGACUAAAUGGAACCCCGGGCUACAUCAUAAUGGCUUUACUGCCCUACGAUAAUGCCAUGAUCCCGGAACUCCGGAAAUUCCAUGAAGCCUCUGCAACCUUCCAGUUUGCUAACCGGGACAUAGUGAUCAGGCAGGACUGGAAACAGCUGGGGGUGGCAGCAGUGGUGUGGGAUGCAGCUGUGAUACUUUGCACGUUCCUUGAACUGGGAGCGGUACAGCUCCAAGACCGCACUGUGAUAGAGCUGGGAGCAGGAACUGGAUUGGUUGGAAUAGUUGCAGCACAUCUAGGUGCCGAUGUUACAGUCACUGAUAGGGAAGUAGCGCUUCAGUUCUUGGAGUCUAAUGUGCAAGAUAACAUCUCUGAUGACCUGCGAGGCAGGGUGCGGGUCAAGGAACUGACCUGGGGGGUAAACCUUUCCAAAUUCGAGCCUGCCAGCUAUGACGUUAUCCUGGGGGCUGAUGUGGUUUAUUUGGAGGAGACGUUCCCAGCCUUGCUGGAGACUCUGGAAUACCUCAGCUCUGAACGGACCACAAUCCUGCUGUCCUGCCGCAUACGGUACGCACGGGACCACGACUUCCUGAUGAUGCUUGGAAGUCACUUUGCAGUGGAGAGAGUUCAUUACGACAGCAAGAGAGAUGUUCACAUUUACAAGGCACAGAAAACAAAGUUGAAGGAAGAACUCUAAGGAAAUGGAAGUCAUUAUGUAGUAUAGGAUUACUGGUCAGGUCGACAAAGGAAUAGCAAAAGAAGCCAUUCAACAACUCAAGCCUGUUGUGCUAUUCAAUGAGCUAAGAUCUACAUUUUGACAUUUACUCAUUACAAUUUUUACCUAUAAAUGCCUUCAUCCAAUAGAAACCAGAGCAAGACAUAAAAUGCUGGAGAUACAUAGGAGGUCAGAUAACUUCAAUGCAAAGAAAACAUUUCAGGGCUUUUGUUAGUCUUGAUAAAAGCCCUGGAACCUGAACUGUUACUUUCUCUCUCCACAUAAAGCUGCCUGAUCUGCUGAGUUUCUCCAACAAUUUGUUUUUAUUUCACAACUCCAGAAUAUGCAGGGUUUUUUUCUUGCUUUUUGAAAAAUGUUCAAAUAUCCCAUUGGCACCUGGCUCAGCAGCUUUGUGGAAGAAAGGAUUCCUGAUUACCACUAUCCAUUGUUUGAAGUACAUCCCAAACUCAUUCUUCAAUGGCCUUGCCCUUGUUAUGAACUUCCCACCCCCAAUACAGGAAAUAACUUCUCCAAACACUUCAUCAAAUCCUUUAAUCACCUUAAAAGCCUUGAUUAGAUUAUCCAUUAACCCUUUGUACUUAAAGAUUUACAAGACUAGUCUUUGCAAUGUCUUCGCAGUUGAACCCUUUUGAUUCCAGAGUAUAUUCUUUCAAAUUCCAGAGCUCUGAACAGUUGAAAAUGACUUCUCUUAUAAAUUGGUCUGAAGAAGGGCCUCGACCCGAAACGUCGCCUUUUUCCUUCGCUCCAUAAAUGCUGCCUCACCCGCUGAGUUUCUCCAGCAUUUUUAUCUACCUUCUAUUAUAAAUUGACUGGGGCGGGAGAUGCGGUCAUGGCAGUAAAACUAGUAGACUCACUGCCGCAUAGUGUUAAUGACUCAAAUUCAAUCCUGACUCCUGGUGCUAUCCGUUCAGAGUUUGAAUUUUUUCCCUGUGACCACAAGAAUUUUCUCCCACACCCCAAAGAUUACCUGUUGGUAAUCAGCCACUGUAAAUUGCCACUAGUGUGUACGUGUGGAAGAAUCUGGGGGCUGUUAAUGUGAUGGGAGGAGAAUAAAAAAAGGGAUCAAUGUAGAAUUAUUGAAAAUGGGUGGUAAAUAGUCGUCACGGACUCAGUGGGCUAUUGGACAUACUUUUGAGCCGCAUCUCUCAAUGCCUCUGGAGCGUUUCAGCCUCUUUCAGGGAAAAUCAACAUUACGUUGGCCUUCUUAAUCAUUUUGUUGGUAUUUCUGUACCUCCACCCUCACCUCUACCCCCAACACUUCCAUCCACUUGCUAUUGACUAAAUGCUCUGCUCAUUCUUUCUUAGAACCAGAAUGUGUCAUAUCACCAUUAUAGAAUCCAGUCUCAAUCAUUGUGUUUGAGUCCAACGGACUCUCAAUGAGAAAUCUAAUUAUAAACACAUCGUAUUCACAAUGAUGUUCAACCCAUGUGGGUCUAUUUAAAAAAAAAUGCUUAUUAUAAUUCUGUAAUAGCUUAAUAAUUACCUAGCCUAUGAGGACUUGACCAUAAACUCCAGUGUAGUACUAAAGGAGUGCUGUACUGUCAGGCAAAGAUCAUAGAGUGGAGCAAGAUAAACCACUCCUGCAAAAUCCAAUGGACUGACGUGUAGUAUGCAACGGAGCGGAGUCUCCGCCACUUUGCGAAACCCGACUCAACUUCCGUUAUGCCUCUCGCAUUGUAAUCAGCGUUGCGGGGGAACAGUAUAUGUGUGUAAUAUAACUCGUCUACCAAAUUCGUAAUUUUGUUAAUUUUCUUUUUAAUUGUUUUCCUCACUGCUUAAUCUAUCUGUUUCGGCCCAUUUCCCUCCCAUCCUUCCUCCCCAUCCCCCUCUUUUUCUGCAUUUUCCCUUGUAUUGCUCUAACACACACCAUGCACAAAUAUCUUAUUAUAUAUAUAUAUAUGAAUGUGUGUUUGUGUGAGAGGCAAGAUAGAGAUAAUAGGCCUCAAAGUUCCAUCAUGGAUCAGAAGCAACUUUGAUUUAAAGCAACGUUCUAUUUCUCUAUAUCUUAUUUAUCAUGAUGUACAUGUAAAUGUAGAUAUAUUUCAUAAUGCUUAAAUUCUUUAGAUCCAGAGUGGGUCACCUUUUUAGAAUUUGAUCUCAACCUCUGUGUUUGUGUCCAAGAAACUGCGAGAAGUGUAAUAAAGAAGCUAUUGUUUUUAAGAUGA